UCGGCGUGAGUGACUUCGAGGUCGCAGAUGGCGCCAUACAGCUCCUGCAGCCCUUCCCCACCACUAGCACGGGAGGGGGGCGGAUGUAAACAGCAGUAAUUUCAGUGACAUUGAACUCAUUCAGCAAGAAGAGCCUGCAUUUCACCAUUGAAAUGUCUAUCUGCAGUUCUUAUUACUAACGUAGACGCACAGAAGUUCCACGAGUUUCGCCGGAGUUUCUGUCCACCUGGAAAGAGACUUACAUGAGACUCCGACUCUGAAAUGGCGUCUUAAAGCCACGUUUCUGUCAGGACUAGUGUACAACAUCCCUAAUUUCCCGCGGGAUUAGACGCAGCAGCAGAAACCAGCGAUGCAAAGAAUCCAGGCCCUGGCAUCGAUGGUUCCAGCCACCGCCAGAAAUUUGAUCCGUGUGAGACGGUUCCAUGCCUCCACAACCUCAGCAGUAUCUCAAGGUUACAAGCAAGCCAACAUUGUGAUAGUGAACAAGAAGUUUGCCGAUGACUUUGAGAAGUUCUGCUUGGCAAAUAGUGGAGCAUUGCCCUUGCUGUACAGGAGCAAGCCUGGUGAAUGGGGAGCUCCACCACUCAGCUCCAAUUCAGACAUAAGGACUGAUUGUCUACGAUACAGGAAGUAUGAGAAGGGAAUCUUCACUGGCUAUCUGAAGAACCUCAUGCAAUACACUGAGCAUCUAAAGGAAAUGGUCACCUUUUAUGUGGGAUGCAGCUAUUCCUUUGAGAGUGCAGUGCUCGAGGCCGGCGUUCCGAUACGAAAUGUUGAACAAAGAUGCAACGUCAGCAUGUACAGGACGAACAUCCAGUGUGCCAGGGUCGGUGGCUUCCAGUGUAACACGGUGGUCUCGAUGCGACCCAUUCCUGUUGACAAGCUUGAUGUGGCUGUACAAGUGAGCCACUGCAUGGUGGAUGCUCACGGUGCGCCCAUACACAUCGGCCAUCCAGGGUUGAUUGGAAUUGACAAUUUGUCCGUGCCUGACUUUGGGGACGUGGUUGAAGCUCAUCCUGGGGAUGUCCCUGUCUUCUGGGCCUGUGGGGUCACUGGAGCAGAGGCUGUCAGCAGCUUAAAGUCCCCCCUGGCUUUCACCCACGCUCCCGGCAGUAUGUUCCUCACAGACCUGAGGAGUGAGAGGUUGGUGACUGGUGAUGGCACCAGCAGAUUCGAAACCCCUCAGGUUUUCUGCAUCUCCGAGACCCCGCCCCAUUACAGUGUGGCCUCGCUGUCCGCGGUGGAGAAGAUCAGGGCACUGGAGAGACUGAUGCAGCAAGACCCAGGUGACCGAGGGAUCAAGCAUUUGUUCAUCGAAGACCAGCUACUGAAAGCUUCCCUCUCAUUGUCUCAUGCAAAGUCCGUGCUCAUAACCACUGGAUUUCCAACCCACUUUAAUCAUCAGCCCCCAGAGGAGACGGAUGGUCCUCCUGGAGCCAUUGCCAUGGCAGCCAUGCUGCAGGCCCAGAAGAAGGGCGUCGUCAUAGUAACAGAUCAAAGAGCCUUAGAGAUGAACAAGAAGAUCAUUGAAGAGGCUGUUGAGCAAGGAGUAAUGCAAGCCCCUGUGCCUGUUGUCAGCUACCAGGACGAUGGUGAUGAAUCACCCCUGAUGUUCCUGUGCCAUGAUGGCAACCCCCAGUUUCCAAGGUUUGACCAUCUGGUGGCCAUCGAGCGUGCAGGCAUGGCUGCCGAUGGCAACUACUACAAUGCAAGGAAAGCAAACAUCAAGCACUUGGUGGAUCCCAUUGACAAACUGUUCCUGGCAGUCAAAAACAUCCCAGGGAUAGUCACAACCGGUAUCGGUGAUGGAGGAAAUGAACUGGGAAUGGGAAAGGUGAAAGAGGCCGUCAAGAAGUACAUUCCCAACGGGGACCUGAUAGCUUGUGAUGUCAGUGUGGAUUUUACAGUUAUUGCAGGUGUGUCGAACUGGGCUGGCUAUGCCAUGGCUUGUGCCCUUCACAUCCUCAGCAACUGUACAGUCCAUGAACGUUACCUUCACAAAGCCAUUGGAUUUCCCAAGGUGUUGGACGUUGACAGAUACACUGCAGCACUGCCAACCAUCUUCAAGGAAGAAAAACUGCUGGCACUGCUAGUGAAACAUGGAAUCCGGAGUGGGAAAACCGGGAAUCUGGGCAUGGAAGUGGAUGGCAUGUUAUUCCACGAUGUGCAUUCACCCAUGAUCAAAAAGUUACUGGAGAUCACACUUGAGUGACACGAGUGAAAUUAUCGAGAAAGGAGUCAAUCUUAAAAGCCAAUCUUAGACAGGGAGUUCCAGAAAAUGUUAGAUUAACUGAUUGAUGCAAUGGAGAAGGUUUAUUAGAUUUUAAUGAACUGUUUUCUUUGAUAUAUACCAUAUUUUCCUGAUAUAGUUCAGGCACAGUUUUCUCUUUAAUGCAUUGUUUUUCCCAGUCACUAAGUUAUUUCAGAUUCAGAUUGGUUUAUUGUCAUAUACCACCAGAAUCUCUUAGAAUAAACAGUGUGGUAAUAAUAAGCACUGCGACAAGCACAGAACAAUGGACGAGUGCAAAGUAUAGUGGUGAACCCUAAAGUAGUGCAGAAAGAAGUGACGAUAACAAUAACCAGAAGAGGUAGAGAGAAGAGACCAAGAAGGUGACAGUAUCAGUCGGAAGGAGGUGCGAAAGAGCUGAAUGGGUCUGAAGUCCGAUAACAAUGGAAAGAAGUUCAGUGUUAAUGUUGAUCAUUUCUUUCCUGUCCCUUCAGUAAUUGUUCUCAAUACUGAUUGUGUUUUCAUUUUAUAUCAUGCUGCUGACAUUUUUAAUAAAGACUUGAUCAGUGUUUUUGCACAUUA